AUGAAGGAUCCAAUAAACUACAAAGAAUCAUUUAUUGACCUUUGGAACCAGCAAUCAAAGAUCCAUGCAAACAACGUAUUCUUGCGAUACCAUACUAGACUUAAUGAAAUGGAGGUCUAUAAAACGCUGUCUUACGAGCAAGUCGAUAACAUAUCAACCAGCAUUGCCUGGGAAUGGAGUUCAAUUCUCUAUGGCGUCAAGUCUGUAGGAUUUAUCUGCGAUCACUCUGCAUUCUACCUGAUCGCGCAACUUGCGAUAAUGAAGCUUAAUAUAUUAUUCGUAGCCCUUUCUCCUCGUAACUCAGCCAGCGCUAAUGGCAGUCUAUUAAAAGCAACGAACGCAGAAUAUAUCAUUGCCAGCCACAAGUAUAGUCGUAUGGCGUAUGCAUCUACCGCCAAGUUGGAUAACUGUAAAGUAUUCAUUCAUCAGCCGACAGAUCUAAAGGCCGUGUCCCAAAAAACAUACAACAAUUCCAAAAAAAUUCCAAAAUUUUUUUCUCGUGUACUAGGCAGAGAAGCACCGGUCAUGGUACUUCAUAGUUCAGGGACUACAGGUUUCCCAAAGCCAAUAACAUUAUCCAACCGAUAUAUAUUGACAAAUAUCCGGCAUAUUGACAAUUGUAUCCAAGACACAAAUCCAAACAUGAUUUAUAAUUCUUCUGAUGUGCUUCUUCCGUGCAUACCACUUUUUCACGCAUAUGGUCAAGCAAUGGUUUUUAGUACAAUACUUCAUGGAUCAAGUGUUGCAUUCAUGAGUCAACUUCCUCCUUCUAUGAAGGAUAUUAAGCUUGCCAUUAGGGCAAACAAAUGCACAUUUAUGAUGGCACCUCCAUUGAUUAUAGAGCAGUUUUCGGCUUAUCUUAAAGAAAAAAAUGAUUUCUCUGCACUUCAACAGCUCAAGCUUACCUUAUGCGGAGGGGCACCAAUCAGAGAAGAAUCAGGGGUUUUUUGGGAGUCAAAAAAUAUAGUUAUCCGCAAUCACUAUGGCAGCACUGAAACUGGCCCAUUCAUGUCUAGUAGCUUCGCUCCUAAUACUAUUCACUGGAACAAUUUACGCCCUUCUCGACUAAUAAUAGAAUAUUGUGUCUGGGAACCUUACUUUGCUGAUCCAGAGCUAGUUCAUCUGGUUAUAAAGGGUGAUUGUCCUUCAAUGGCACAUGGAGUUGUCAACAGGGAGGAUGGAAAUUAUGGGACCAGAGAUCUAUUUAAAGAGACCUCACCAAACUCCGGGUAUUACUCUUAUUAUGGGCGAAUGGACGAUACACUAAUCAUGAAAAAUGGAGAAAAAACCAAUCCUUUACCUAUUGAAGCCACCAUUAGACAAUGUCCUAUUGUCAGUCAGUGUGUUAUAAUUGGAGAGAGUCGUCAAUGUAUAUCUGUAUUGAUCGAGCUGUCCGCAGAGAGCCCCAAAGAAUACAACACUGAAGACGUUAUAAAGAUUGUAUAUCCUUAUAUUUUAGAAGCAAACAACAGUGCACCGACGCAUAGUAUGCUAUUCAAGCAAAUGGUCUAUAUAUUGCCACCAGGAAAGACAUUACCAGUAACUGUCAAGGGAACUGUAGUACGAAAACACGCAUACAAUGAAUAUAAAGAAUCAAUAGAUACUUUAUACAGAGACUUUCAUAGUGGUGUUUCAGAAGAACCACUUCAGAAUAUUACCGAAUACCAAUAUAUAGCUCCAGAGGAAAUCAAACUAUUUCUUAUCGAUGCUGCCGCCAAAGUACUCAACAUUUCUCCCAACGAGCUCAAGGACACCACUAAAUCACUUUUUGAUCUUGGUCUGAAUUCCAUCCUCUCAAUCCAUUUGUGUAACAUUAUAUCCAAGAAACUUGGAUCUGUAUCACAAAACUUUAUAUUUCAACACCCAAACAUCGACAACAUCCAAAGAGUUUUGUCCUCAAGACAUAGUCCUUACGAAGUACCGAUCGAAAAAAGCCUAGACAAUACUGAAGAAAUCCUGAAAAAGUAUUUGAAACAGGCCAGCCAAGACUUUGAAAUCACUAAAAAUUCCUACGUCAAAGGCCAAGAUCAAGUAGUUUUGCUCACGGGUGCAACUGGGUCGCUGGGAUCAUUCAUGCUGAGGGAUCUCCUCAAGUCUCCUCAAGUCUCCAAGGUCUACUGUCUUGUUCGUGGUAAAGAAGCCGGAGCACUCAACCGAAUCUACCAUGCUUUUGAGAGCCGAAGCCUCGAUGUCUCGCUCUUGAGUUCACCAAAGCUUGUCGCCCUACCAAUGAAUUUGACGGAUGAGAAGCUGGGUUUCGCGCAUGAUUUCUACUCCAAACUCAAAUCAGAAGUCACUAUUAUCCAGCACUGUGCCUGGCUUCUUGAUUUCAACCAUACGGUCGAACAUUACGACAAAGAGUGUAUUAAAGGUCUUUACAAUCUGGUCAAAUUUGCUUACCGACAGAUCAACCCCAUCCACCUCCACUUUAUUUCGAGUAUCAGUGCAAGCGCAGGCUGGGGAGACACUAUCCCAGAGUCACCUUUGCCACGUAACACAAAGGUUGCAAUGCCAAUGGGAUAUGCACAGUCAAAAUACAUUGUUGAGCACCUUUUCAAUUAUCUCACAAAAGAAAAGAACUUUCCAUGCAUUAUUGAGCGACUCGGUCAGGUCUGUGGUGACUCUAUAAAUGGCGUGUGGAAUACAAGUGAGCAGUACCCACUUAUGUUUAUCGGUGGUGGCAAUGCUAUGAAGAAAAUGCCCUCCAUAAAUAUCAAUGUUGAUUGGAUUCCUGUCGAUUAUGCAUCAGCUUGUAUUGUUAAUAUUAUGCUCAAGACGGCCGGUGAUAUUUCAUCAGCAGAGGAUUCUGUGUAUAAUAUUGUCAAUCCUCGAAGAGUUGUGUGGAGGGAUGUCUUAAAUGCCAUGAGAUUGUGUGGCAUGGAAUUCAAGACUGUUACACUUGAAGAGUGGAUUGCACAACUGCAGCAAGAUGACAAGAGUCCAGCUUCCAAGUUAUUACCUUUCUAUGAAAAUACUCUAAAGGAAUUCUCUGAGGCACAAGUAUGGAAUACUAACAAGGCAUGUUAUCUUUUCCCAUCCCUUGAAGAGACCCCUACUUUUGACGCUCGUUUGUUAAACAAGUACAUCAAGCAUUGGAAAUCCAUAGGGUUUUAUAAGGAUAAAUGA